AUGUCGCCAGACAUCCCUACAGGCAUCGUCACCAGGCCCUCUGCCUCUCCUGGGACAACAGAAUCUGCAGAAGUGACCAUGACCACCCAAAGAGGUCCCACUGAGGAUACAUCCCAGAACCCACUUUCCAUGGGCACUACAACCAACACCUCAGGGGCAGAGAUUCACUCGACUGUGACUCAGAGCUUUACGCACUCAGAGAUGACCACUCGCAGGAGCAGAGGUCUCGAGGAUGUGUCAUGGACAAGGCCUGCCUCUGUGAAAGAAACUGGCUCUCCAUCUUCCCCAGUGAUUGUAUCUACCAUGACAACACCCUCCCCUGAGCCAUCCACAUUACCAGCGAAGAGCCCCUCCUCUCCUACCUCUGUGACCUCACUUCUCACCCGUAGUCUGGGGAAGACCAAAGACGCAUUGGGUACAACCUUGGGAUCAGUGACCACGUUACCUUCAAGUUUGAGUAGUCCCACAGUUCAGACAAUUUUCACCUCUGAAUUCUCCAUAGAUACAGCGAAAAUUCUUCCUUCCAUAUACACAGUCAUGAGUACUGUGGGUUCCAGCAGUUCUGGAUAUGAACAAAGUUCCUCUGUCCCAAUUUUCCCUGAAUCCUCCAGCACCAUAUAUCCUAUGGGUACUGCUUCCUCCAUGGAUGAGACCACUCUUUCCACAUCAAUGCCUUCCUCCUUUGAGACUAAGACACUUUCCCAUCUGACUCCUGGACUGAAGGAGACAAGAAUAGCCUUGGAUUCCAGCUCAAGCACACUCACAAACACACCUUCAUCGCCUCUGUCCACUCAUGGUUUGAAGGGUCCCAACACUGAUAUUACGUCCUCUGUGAAAGUAUCAUCCCCAGAUCAGCCUCUGUCUACACAGUAUACUGACAUUCCAGUGGAAACAGUCACACGCUUUUACACUUCUCCCUCCAUUACAGGAUCUGCUGGCAUAACUGUCCCAGGAUCCAAUCUUUCUGUGCCUGUAUCAGAAAAUACACGUCACCUAAGCACAGAUAUGCUGUCUUCAGCUGAGACCAUUUUUGCUAAUAACACAGUAACGCCUUCUUUGUCAGAGGCCAUGGCUUCCUUUGCUACAUCUGGAGUUCCAGGUGCCAUCUCAGUCAGUCCAUUUUCUAGGACAGAAUCAGGCCCUGGGGAUGCUACUAUGCCCACCACUGCAGAGAGUCUACCUUCUUCAUCUUCAAUACCAUUCCCCUCUUUGACCUUCCGUACCACUGAUUCUUCAAACAGCCCACUCCCCCAUUGGAUUACUUCCUCACUAGCUACCCCAAGAACAGUAGACACCAACCUUGAGGCAGAGAGCCGAAGCACUGCUGCAUUACCCUUGGUUACAGCCAGUACUUUGCAGACUUGGACACAGCCAGUCAGGACAUCUUUACCACCCAUUAUGGAUACCAGAAUGACAGAGAGUGUUGGUUUGGGAACAGUGACAAGUUCUUCUCAAGUUCUUCCACACUCAACCCAGUUGACAAGGACUGAUGGCAUCGUGGAGCGUAUCACAAAGAUACCCAAUGAAGCAGCACAUGGAGACACCACCAUCCAUGUCCCCCUGGCAUCCACGUCUGCUAGUCUUAGAGGACUAUCAACAGGAGGGACAGAGAGGGCAGAGACCACUGCCAUGGUUCUGAAGACCACUUCCACAGUGACUUUGACUACCAGAGUCUCUACUCCCACUUCAGGUAUGCUGUCUCUCCUUAGGACAUCAGAUAAAACAGCCAGCAUAAGCACAACAGGAAUGAUAAUCACAACCCCAGAUAUUCCAAAGAUGACAGCCUCAUUUGUCAUCAGACCUGGAGACAAGACCAGCACAGUAGUUCCCAUGACAACCCCAUCUAUUUUCAAUAGAGGACCAGAGACUACACCCUCACUGGUCCCUAGUUCUGGGGCAGAGACCAGUGCAGCUGUUCCAACUCUGACUGUUUCCUUUGGUGAGCCAGAGACCACAACCUCAUGGGUCACCCAUCCUGCAGAGACUGGCCCAACUGUUUCCAGGGCAAUCCUGAAUGUUUCUCAUAGUGAAUCAGACAGCACACCCCCAACAGCUACAAGUUCUGGGGAAGAAGUCAGUUCAGCUGUUCCAACUCUGACUGUUUCCCCUGAUGUACUGGGGAUGGUGACCUCACUGGUUACUAGUUCUGGGACAGAGACCAGCUCAGUUGAUCAAACUCUGACUGUUUCCCCUGGUCAGCCAGAUGCAACAGCCUCAUGGCUCCAUUCCACAGAGACCAGCACACCUGUUUCCAAAACAACUCUGAAUUUUUCCCCUAGUGAAUUAGACACCACAUCUUCAGCAGCCACCAUUCCUGGGGCAGAAGCCAUUUCAGCCACUCCUAUGAUGACUGUCUCACCUAGCAUACCAGUGAUGGUGACCUCACUGGUCAUUAGUUCUGGGACAGACACCAAUACAAUCUUUUCAACUCUGACUGAGUCCCUGCAUGAAUCAGAGUCAACAGUCUCCUUGGUCACCCAACCUGCAGAAUCCAGCCCAAGUCUUCCCAGAACAACCCCCGAUGUUUCCCAUAGUACACCCUCAAUGGCCACCAGCCUUGGGACAGAAGCCAGUUCAGCUGUUCCAACUACACCUAUCUUCUCUGGUGUACCAGAUAUGGUGACCUCACAGGCCACUAGUUUUGAGAUAGAUGCUAGUAUGGCUAUUCCAAGUCUGAAACUUCCUCCUGUUGAGCCAGUGACCACAGCCUCACUGGUCACUCAACCUGGGGUGCAGACCAGUCCAGCUGCUCCAACUCCAACUGUCUCCUCUACUGUGCCAGGGCUGGUAACCUCACUGGUCACAAGUUCUGGGGCAGAGACCAGUACAACUUUUCCAAUUCCAACUGAUUCCCCACAUAAACCAGAGACAACAGCCUCUCACGUCACCCACUCUGGAACAGAAACAAGUUCAGCUAUUCAAACUAUGGCUGUUUCCCAUGGGAAGCCAGAUACAACAGUCUCACUGGUCACCCAUCCUGAAGAGACUAGCCAAACUAUUCCCAGGACAACCCCCAAUGUUUCCCAUCGUGAAUCAGACACCACAUUCUCAAUGGCCACAAGUCCUGGGGCAAAAGCCAGUUCAGCUGUCCCAGCUACAACUGUCUCACCUGGUAUGCCAGGGAUGGUGACCUCACUGGUUACCAGUUCUGGGGCAGAGACCAGUACAACUUUUCCAACUCUGACUGAUUCCAUGCACAAACCAGAGACAACAGCCUCAUGGGUCACCCAUACAGAAACAAUUUCAGCUAUUCCAACUAUGACUGCUUACCCUGGGAAGCCAAAUACAACAGUUUCACUGGUCACCCAUCCUGUAGAGACCAGCCCGACUGUUCCCAGGACAACCCCCAAUGUUUUCCAUAGUGAAUCAGACACCACAUUCUCAGUGGCCACCAGUCUUGGGGCAGAAGUCAGUUCAACUGAUCCAACUCCAACUCUCUCCACUGUUGUACAAGAUAUAGUGAUCUCACAGGUCACUAGCUCUGAGACAGAUGCUAGUAUGGCAGUUCCAACUCUGACAGUUUCUCCUGUUGAGCCAGUGACCAAAGCCUCAUUGGUCACUCAUCCUGGGGUGCAGACCAGUUCAGCAAUUCCAACUCCAACUCUCUCCUCUACUGCAUCACAGCUGGUGACCUCACUGGUCACAAAUUUUGGGGCAGAGACCAGUACAACUUUUCCAAUUCCAACUGAUUCCCCACACAAACCAAAGACAACAGCCUCAUGGGUCACCCAUUCCAUGGAGACCAGUACACCUGUUUCUAGAACAACUCCAAAUUUUUCUCAGAGUAAAUCAGAUGUCACACCCUCAAUGGCUACCACCCCUCGGGCAGAAGCCAGUUCAGCCAUUCCAACUACAACUAUCUCCCCUGGUGUACCAGAUAUGAUGAACUCACUGGUCACUAGUUCUGAAGCAGAAAUCAGUACAACUUUUCUGACUCUGACUGAUUCCGUGAACAAACCAGAGCCAACAGCCUCAGGGGUCACCCACUCUGGGACAGAAACAAGUUCAGCUAUUCCAGCUAAGACUGUUUCCCCUGGGAAGCCAGAUACAACAGUCUCACUGGUCACCCAUCCUGAAGAGACCAGCCUGACUAUUCCCAGGACAACCCCCAAUGUUUCCCAUAGUGAAUCAGACACCACAUUCUCAGUGGUCACCAGUCUUGGGGCAGAAGUCAGUUCAGUUGUUCCAACUCCUACUGUCUCAGCUGGUGUGCCAGAUAUCAUGACUUCACAGGUCACUAGCUCUGAGACAGACAACACUAUGGCUAUUGUACCUCUGACUCUUUCUCCUGGUGAACCAGCAACCACAGUCUUAUUGGUCACCCAUUCCAGUGCAGAGACAAGCACAAGUUUUCCUGCUUCAACUAUUUUCCCUCAUUUACCAGAGAUCACAGCCGCACCAUCCACCCCACCUGGGUUGGAGACUAGUACAGCUCUUCCAAAUCAGACUGUUUCUCUCAGUCCACCAGAAACAUCCUCUCUCUUCACCACAACUGUGACCAAGACAGCCAGAGUUAAUCUAACUCCAACGGCUUCAUUUGGUGUUCCUGCAGAAACAGCCUCACUCUCCACCCACCCUGGGACAGACGUCAGCGCAACUAUCUCAACUUCAGCUCUUUCCCAUGGUUUACCAGAGACCACAGGCUUAUUGGCCACCAGGCCUGCAACAGAGGCCAGUACAAGUACCCCAGCUCUGACUGUUUCCCCUGGCGUUCUUGGUCCUUCCAGGACCUCUGCAACAACUGUUGGGCUUUAUACUGUACCUUCCUGGAGCACAGAAACCUCACCACCCACAACCUCAAUUGGACACCCAGAAUUUCCCAAGACUGUGACAGGGGACACCGUGACCUUGAUAGCAUCAGAGACCCCAACACCAUCUAAAACCAGUCAUGGGGAAGGAUUAAGUACAACCGCUAUCCUGAAAACCACCACUGUUGAGACCACUCAUUUAGCUGCCACAGGUUCAGGUCCCACUGUGGCUGAGACCACAAUCACCUUCAAUACACUGUCUGGAAGUCCUUUUGCCCCUGUGACCACACCUGGAACCUCUACCUUGGCCUCUGUGAGUGUGACUUCAGGAACAACUGCAAUUCCUUUAUUGAUGCCUUUUACUGUCAACUUCACCAUCACCACCCUGCACUACACGGAGGACAUGGGAAACUCGGACUCUGAGUUAUUCAGUGCCACUGAGAGAGACCUGCAGCACCUGCUCAGUCCUCUGUUCAAAAAGAGCAGCGUUGGUUCCCUGUAUACCAGCUGUAGACUGACCUUGCUCAGGGCUGACAAGGAUGGAACAAGCACCAGAAUGGAUGCGGUCUGCACCUACCGCCCAGAUCCCACAGGCUUCAGGCUGGACAGAGAACGGCUGUAUUGGGAACUAAGCCAACAGACCCAUGGUAUCACUCGGUUGGGCCCCUACACCCUGGACAGGAACAGUCUCUACGUGAAUGGUGAGCAGUUCUGCUGUAGCUGGGGUCUCCUUGCAGUGUAAUUUCUCUGUACCCACCUUCAUAGUUCUGGACCCACCUAGAAUUUCCAUGGAGGCUCAGUUCUCUCCCCUCAGAACACCUAAAAAGGAACUUUCCAGGUCUGGAAAUAAAGGUUUCCUCCUAAGUUUACUUCAUUUCAAUGACCUUUCACAGAAGCCCAAAUGGAAUGUGCAGACAUCAAAGAAGAAAAAGGGUAAAGCAAGCCC